CAGCAAUCCCUUUAGCAUAAAAAAAUGAAGUUCGCGCUGUUUUUAUACGUGACGCUGUGUGUGCUGAAUUUUUACGUAAACGGCAAAUGGACUGCGCGGGAAGCUGCUAAUGAGAUUCCUACUCGUAGGCCAUACAAAUAUGGUUCUGAUCCACCACCACAUACUGAGCUUAUUGCUAUGGCCAGAUAUACGCUUCAUAAUGCAGAUUGGGCCUCCAUCGCAACUGUAUCCGUGUUGCCUGCUAUUGAAGGUUUCCCAUUCUCGAAUGUGAAAUCGAUUGCUGAUGGGUUCAUUAAAAACUCAACUGGCAUUCCUUAUUUCUACAUGUCACCGUUAGAUUUUACUGCUAAGGAUUUAUCGAAAAACAACCGUGCUACAGUACUUGUGAGCUUAGAGGAGACAAGAUACUGUGAGAGCCAGCAAUGGGACCCUGAAGACCCUCGCUGCACCAGGCUGAUGCUCACGGGUAUCAUGAAGAAGGUCAAGGAGGGCACUCCAGAGUACACUUUCGCGAAAGGCGCGUUGUUUGAGCGGCAUCCGGCUAUGGCUAACUUCCCCUCUGAUCACGACUGGUUCGUUGCGAAGUUGAAGAUUGCCCAAAUAGCAAUGGUGGACUACUUCGGAGGGGCCAAAUAUAUUCCUGUUAAGGAUUACCUCGCGUACAACUACACACAAAUUGUAAACAUACCAAGAAGUCAAAUUCUCAACCUCCAAAGUUAGAAUUUAAUAAAAAUACGUAACACAUACCUAC